AUGGCGGCUGCGGACAGCGGAGCCCCGUGGAGCGUGGGCUUCGUGGGUGCCGGCCGCAUGGCGGAGGCCAUCGCGCGGGGCCUCAUCCAAGCAGGAAAGGUGAAAGCUCAGCACGUCAUGGCCAGUGCACCGACAGACAGGAACCUCUGCCACUUUCGGGCUCUGGGCUGCCGGACCACCCACAGCAACCAGGAAGUGUUGCAGAGCUGCUCCCUCAUUUUCUUCGCCACCAAGCCCCAUGUUCUGCCAGCUGUCCUGGUGGAGGUGGCCCCUGUGAUCACUGAUGAACAGAUCUUGGUGUCUGUGGCUGCGGGGGUCCCUCUGAGAACCCUGGAGGAGCUGCUGCCCCCAAGGGCACGGGUACUGCGCGUCUCGCCCAACCUGCCCUGUGUGGUUCAGGAGGGGGCUAUGGUGCUGGCUCGGGGCUGCUGGGCUGGGAGCAGCGACGCCCAACUCCUGCAGAGCCUGCUAGCUGCCUGUGGGCAGUGCGAGGAGGUGCCCGAGGCCUACAUGGACAUCCACACCGGCCUCAGUGGCAGUGGCGUGGCAUUUGUGUGUGCCUUCUCUGAGGCCCUGGCUGAAGGUGCUGUCAAGAUGGGCAUGCCUAGUGACCUGGCCCACCGCAUCGCUGCACAGACCCUACUGGGCACUGCCAAGCUUCUUCUGCAGGAGGCCCGGCAUCCUGCCCAGCUGCGGACAGAUGUGUGCACGCCCGGUGGCACCACCAUCUAUGGGCUCCACGCCCUGGAGCAAGGUGGCCUUCGGGCGGCCACUAUGAGUGCUGUGGAGGCGGCCACCAGCCGGGCCAAGGAGCUCAGCAAGAAAUAG